GGCCUCACGGUCUGGCUUGGGCUCUGGGUCGGCAACGUCCCGUCGAUCUUUGAUGCGGAGAAAGUCAAGCUCACUGAGCUCAUCGAGGGUCGUUUAAUUGACAGCACCGUCGUUGGCAUCCACGUCGGGUCGGCCGCUGUGUUCCGCAACGACGUGACUCCGGAAACUGCGAUUGCCAACAUGCAGGAGGUCAAGGACGAGCUCGCCAAGGCCAAGAUCACCGUACCGGUGACAAUUGCCGACUAUGCGGACACGUGGGCCGCCAACCCGUCGAUGGUCGAAGCGGUGGACAUUGUGUCGGCGAAUCAAUACCCGUACUGGGAGAAGAAGAACGCCAACGAGUCGGCCGCGUGGUUUUACAAGCGCAUGGAGCCGGUGAUCGCGUCCGCCAUCAAGUACAAGAAGAAGAUUCUCAUUUCGGAAACGGGCUGGGCCACCGGUGGUUUUGCUGCGAAAGCGGGUCCGUCGACGCCGGCGCAGGCGGCGAAAUACUUGAACGACUUUUCGCUUUUGGCCAAGCAAAUGGACUGGAACUACUACUACUUUACGUCGUUUGACAUGGCGUUCAACUCGAACGAGACGGACACGGACAACGUCGAGCAGCACUUUGGCCUCUUCUACGCCAACGGCACCAUGAAGCCGUGCUACGCCAACCUCACGGUCACGGGCACGUCGACGGUCGUGACCAAGGCGCCGUCGCAGCUAGCGACCGUGACGCCCGCACCCAAAGCCUCGUCGGCCAACAAGACGGACAAUGCGACCGCCACCAUCAAGCCGACGACGACGACGGUGCCGGGCGCGACGCCCAAGUCGGCCGCAAUGGGAGCCGCACUCACGAGCCUCGUCUCGAUGGCCGUGGCGUCGGUCGUCAUGCUGGCUUUGUAAUCGCAACACUAGGUUGGCAAACGUGUACUAGUAUAUUCCUUUGUCGUCUGUACAUAAAGUAAACGUUUUGGCUUCCAAGACGUUGGCAG